UGGAGCAUCGGAGCGUGGAGCUCUUAUGUUAGCAGCUAUCGAAGCGGAGUCUAUCACCGGAGCGACCGUGGACCGCACGACAGAGCUUGUGGCUGGGCCAAAGCACAAAAGAUAUUCAGGAAGUAGAUUCGACCACAACUCAUGUGAGGGAAGUGGGUAUCGACGGUCCGGGGAGGACAAAGGAAAAAACACAGAAUACCCAGAACAGAAAGAUGAAGAUAUGGAGGAUGUGAACGCCAAUUUGGGGAAUGAGGAGGAUACCAUGGGGACUGUUCCCCCCAACCCCCCCAAGCCUCUAAAGCCGGCCGUCAAAGCCGAAAAGAAGAAAAAGAAAAUUUCGCCAGGGAGAAAGAAGAGGAACUCGAAACUGGGAGCUCAAGGGGCCAAAGAAUGGCGGAAGAGGGACAGGCAAGAGAGGAGCCGGGAAAGGGAGAACCCCCCAGUGGAGAAUAUCAAACAGGUACAAAAGGAGAGGGAAGAAGUACCUAACCCCCCAAAGGAUUGUGACAUGGAAAAUGAUGACGAAGGGGAAAAAGGAGGAACCGACGGAGAAGAUGGGGGAAAGGGAGGAGAGGUUGGGAUAAGGGAGACAAUGGAAGAGGCCAAUGCCGAGAUCAAAGAAAACAGGGCAAGCAAACACGGCUCUAGGGAUCCCUCUGGCUCAAGGGCUCCCUCUGGCUCUAGGGCUCCCUCUGGCUCAAGGACGAGCGACUCUCUCACUGAUGGGGUUGAGAAAGAUCAAAGAACUGAAAAAGAGCAGGGAUCCGGAAAGGAGUCCUUGCCAACAGAACCCAUCAAGACGGGAAAUGCCCAGGAGCGCAGUGAGUCGGGGGAUCAAGUCCCUCAAAAGGAGGGUGAGGUUGAACUGGCCAUAUCUACUUUGGCUCAUCUCUCAACCGCCAAGGUCAAUGAUUGCAAAAUCAACAGUAACUUGAUAUUUGAAGAUGAGGACGGAGUGACUGAUGAGCAGGAGAGGACGAAAGGAAUGAAAGUACAACAAUUGCGGUUAAUUGAUAGAAUGAUAUUUAUUCCCUCGGUCACUCCAGGUUUAGAUAGUCGUUCUGAGGAGGAAAAAGCGGAAACAGACGAGCCUAAUCAUGAAUUAUUUUCCCCAUCGGAGGACGCAUGGGUCCCCACAGGGGAUAAGGAAGAAGAUCUGGGUAGUGCACAAUCAGGUAAAGAGGUGGGGUUGGGGAACUCUUUUCCUUACCUCUUCACGACUUUAGGAGACUCCUCCCGGGAUGACUCUCAUAUGCGGCCACCGGCAGCAUUAGCCUUAUCGGUCAUUAAAAGGCCACGCAUUGAAGGUUUGAAAUUCUAGGCUAGGCUAGGUGAGGGAGAUAGGGGCGGGCCAUCUGAGGACAUCGUCAGAAGCUCCCCGAAG